AUGUCGGAUGCAGGGAGUACUGGAUCGCAGUGCCCGGUGCUUUCUGCAUGGGCCGAAAGCAAAGAAGUUCUUCAGCGCUUGUCAGCGAAGAAUAUUUUGGUUUUGAGCAAUGAUUCGAAGCUUACACGAGCUACCUGUACUGCCAAUCAAGCCCUGCUGGUGCCGCUGAUAAACUUGGUCGGUCUGAGGCCAUCGGUGGACCUUGUGGCUUCAUAUUUGCAACGCUUGUACUCGGGCUACCGGCCGAUCAAUCAGAAGAUUCCGGACAGCUCGGAGGAUGGAGAUACCGAGAGUGAAGACGGCGAAGGCGAGAGCUCGGAGAGCGAGUCUUCGGCUGAGGACGAUCCUGAGAUGGAGGUUGAGGCAGAGGCCCUGAGCCACCAGCCGCGAGGUGAGUCUCUAUCUCCUAUGUCCGAUUGCCGGUCGAAGGGCCUCCACUACACCGUGAAGUACAUUCGUGAGAAGCGUGCAUCCGGAGUCGAGUGUUUGCUUUGCGGGUUGAUUGGGACUUUGGACACCAUUAAGAAGGUCCCGUGCUUGCCCUCCUGCCCGGGAUCUGCUGACAAGAGCCCUGAAUCUGCAGUGCCCACACUAGCUGAGCAGCCUUCCCAGGAUGCUGCUGCAUUGGCUAGUGCAGAGUUGCAGUUUCGAGAAUUGCAAGAGAUGGAGGACAGGAAGUGUGCAGAGGAGUUGGCGGAGCUGCAACGGCAGGAAGCCGAACUUGAGCAAAUGGUUCUUUUGCACAAGCUGCAGGCGGAGGAAGCAGAGCUAGAGGGACUGCUCAUUGAGCAGAGAGCUUUGGCUCUAGCCGAAAAUCAUCUUGCCAAGAAGCUUUUUUCCGAGGCCGACCCCGAGCCCAGCAACAACCCCAGGCGAGCCCAAGCGCGCAGCCAGCUGGAAUCGGAAGCCCCGCAAGCCGAAUCUGAUGGUGCACACCUGCCACUGGUUUGUGUUGUGCCCCCGCACAUGGACUUGCCAUACGGCACAGAUGAUAUGGACACGUGCCCGAUGUUGCUUGGCUAUGGGGAGGAGCUCAUGUCUGUGAACAAUUUGCCAGAAGCUCCCUCGAAGGUCCCUACCGAUAUCAAGCCGGAGGUUCGCGAUGAGGAGCCUGCCGCUACUGUUGAGCCGCAGGUUCGGGUUACGAUUCACAAGAAUUCCGGUGAGAUCAGCAAGACCGACGAGGGAGUUGGGUAUUCCGAUAAGAUCGAUGGGGUUUCCACCAAGACCGACAAGGGAGCUGGGCAUUCCGAUAAGAUCCAUGGGUUUUCCAUUCAGACCGACGAGGGAGCCGGGGUUUCCGAUAAGAUCGGGGUGACCAUCGAGAUCGAGCCCAAGCAUUUGGAUUCUGAUGCGACUGGUGGGGAUAUGAGCAAGCCUGUUUCCUGGAAUAAGAUCGUUUCCGAGAUCCCCAAUGCCAGCGACAAGGAGGUUUCCAAGAUCCCCAAUGCCAGCGACAAGGAGGAUGAUCAUGCAGAGGUGCUGCCGCCCUGUCCUGUGGUUGAAGCGCCGGCAAUCUCUCCUGCUGAGCAGACCAAACUGUCCUGUGCCCAACCGAAGAAACGGGUCAAAGGCAAGCGAGUCGUGCAGGAAAAUGAGGGGCAGUCGGAACAGGAUGAUGCUCCAGAUGAUGAUGCUGACAGCUCCGGUGGCACAAAGACCAGGGCAGCAAAGGGACGUGGGCGCGGCCGUGGCCGUGGCCGUGGCCGUGGCCGCAGUUCCGGAUGCGGUCGGGGGCGGGGACGGAGCACAACAUGUGGUGCCAAGGAAGUCACAAGCCCCCGCAACACAUCAGCCAAGCGAGGCCGGGAUAACCAUCCAGAUGCGAAGCAGCCUGCACUCACGGCAGACAAGACAGGGCCAGGCAAGAAGAGCAAAAAAGCUGCAACAGCAAAGGAUGAGGAGACGGCUCCAAGCGCAGAUGUAAAGGCUACUGCACCCAAGGCAAAAGCCAAGACGGGGCCAGGCAAGAAGAGCAAGGCAGCUGCAGCAACAGAGGAUGAGGUGAAGCCCGAUGUAAAGGCGACUGCACCCAAAGCAAAAGCCAAAGGGCAAACCCGGGGCCUCGGAGAAGACGGCAGAG